GGCCCAUAACGACAGAAUCAGGACCCAUUUAAUGAAGUGGACUAAGGCCCCUGUAGCGAUGCGAAAGUGUUUUCUGGCGGUGUAUGCAUACAAUAUCCCAUCGACGGAGCUAUCGUUUUCAGAUCGUAACCGAAAGGAGACAGUCGUAUACUGGCAAGUCUUUGGAAAAUGAUAUUUGCAAGAGGGCUCACAAUAUCCGUCUUCGUGUUCCUUUUGACGGAACCACAAGUCAUAGCUGGAGGGUCAGGAUGUAGUGGACUUGUUGAAACUAUUUAUCUAAUCAGCACUCCAAAUGGCUCAAUCUACAGUCCUGGAUAUCCUAACAAUUACGAUGACAACGAGAAUUGUAUGUGGCGCUUCUUUGCUCCCUUUGGAAGCAAAGUCCUCCUCUACUUUACAACAUUUGAACUGGAAUAUGUUUCAGCGUGUAGCUUUGACAGCGUAGAAUUGUUCGAUGGACGCGACAAUUCCUCCCCUCGUUUAUCAAAAAGCUGUGGUAGCAGUCUUCCCUCACCAGUCUAUUCGUCCGGUCGAUACAUGUACAUGCAAUUCAAGUCUGAUAGUUCCAACACAAAAAAGGGGUUCGUGGCUCAUUACAGGGAACUUAUUGAUUCAUCAGGUUGUCCACAAAUCGACCCGGGAGCUUCUGCUGGCGUCAUUUACAGCCCCAAUUUUCCUUGGAACUAUCCAAACAGCAUAUCAUGUAACUGGACUAUAACGCCAGUACUUUGGUGGAAGAACAUAAAAUUAAGUUUCACGAAAUUUGAUGUAGAGUAUUCUUACUCCUGUCGCGACGACUACGUGGAGGUGAAAAGUGAGUAUGGUGUCCAGAUAGGAAAGUACUGUGGUUCUACAAUCCCCUCGCCUGUCACCUCGUCUGGAUCUAUUCAUGUUCAGUUCCACUCCAGUUAUUGGACCAGUGAUUCUGGAUUUAUGGCAUUUUACCAAACAGGAGUCAGCUUUUCAACUCCAAACCCAACGUACUGGCCAACGCAAUGGCCAACGCACCCGUACUGGACUACAUACCCGGCUACCUACUCGCCGUCUAAAGCUUCAAUUUACGCCUGUAACAAACAUUAUCAAACAAAAAUUUUUGUUGCAAGCUCAAGUUCGUCAUCCAUUGCAAGCAGUCUAGAUAUUGACGACUACUAUCCCACCAGCAUACCUUACUCGAGUUGCACAUUUAAAAUUGACACGGCGAAUGGUUACAUUCUGGAGCUGAGUUUUACAAAGAUGACAAUAUCUAGCUGUUCGAGCUGCUCGUGUGGAUACGUAAAAGUUAGAGAUGGAACCUCAUCAUCUUCUCGGCUUCUGGGCACCUACUGCAGUUCAAACUAUCAUGAUGUUGUGACAUCUAACGGAAAUCACAUGUUCGUUGAAUAUUAUGCCCGUCAGAGAAGUGACAAGUUUAAAGCAACAGUCCGGUCCAAGAAAGCUCAAGGGGUCAACGUUCCUGCCAUUGUGGUGCCUAUUGUUGUUGCAGUUGUCUUGUUUUCGAUCAUCUUUGUUGUAAUCAAGUCCACCAAGAUCAGGCGUUUGUCUUCUGUACAUGACGUUCCUGUACACCCCAUAGCACGUGGUGCCGAGCAACCACCAACUACACAAUCUCCGCACUCUAAUACAGAGUUUGAUAUGAGAUACCCUCCACAGUCUCAUACACCUGAAAUAUCACAACCAUCGGCCCCAAAUACAGAGCUUGUCGUACCCCCUUAUCCCGAACCACUAGCCACAGCUUCUCAUCCUCCACUUCCGUCCUCCACUGAUUAUUCACAAGGUAACACCAACAUGUCACUGGCAGUUGAGACGGCAUAGAUGUGAAGGUUUCCAAGAUGGUCACUAGGAAUUAUGGAAGUUCGACAACGGCUGAUUUUGUUGGAAAAAAUCUCCCAGAUAACAACAGUAUGUAGUCUCGAAA